AUAAUGUAGAUUCCCCGAUAGAAAACCCUAAUCUUUGAGUCGUUUCGUUUUCUUCCAAGUCUCUCUUUUCUUUUCUCUGUAAGGAGCAACGAUGGUGGCGGCGAAGAAGACGAAGAAGACUCAUGAGAGCAUCAACAACAGACUCGCUCUCGUGGUGAAGAGCGGGAAAUACACGCUUGGAUACAAGACCGUCCUUCGGACCCUAAGAACUUCGAAAGCAAAAUUGAUAAUUAUUUCAAACAAUUGCCCACCUCUGCGGAAGUCCGAGAUUGAGUACUAUGCAAUGCUUGCCAAGGUUGGCGUCCACCAUUUCAAUGGAAACAAUGUUGACUUGGGCACAGCCUGUGGAAAGUAUUACCGUGUGUCAUGCCUUGGCAUAAUUGAUCCAGGUGAUUCUGAUAUAAUCAAAACAUUACCUGGUGAGCAGUGAGAGAAGAUGGAGUUAAGAUGCCUUUCAUUUUCAACCAAAUAGGAUAAUCCUGUUUAGUAGAGUAUUUUCUGAUAGAUAAUUUGCCUGAGUACGGUUUCUUAUAUUUCUUUUAAAAAUAGAGUUCGGUGAAUUAUAGCAAGUAGUGCUUGGAUAUUACUAGUUUUGACUAGUGGUUUUGGAAAUCUGUGUCAAGACAUGAUCCUGUUAUUUAACUGAGCUCCAUGAAGAAAUAUUCUUUAUCGCUCCGUUCUUUGUUUUCUGUUGACAUUGCUCAUUAUUGAUUUGCACCAAGUGAAUUGCUUCGA